UUCGGAUGUUUUUCUGGGUCGAAAAUCAACACCGCACCUUGAGCAUCUUCUACCGGGAUAUCCCGCUCACCGGGACCGGUUCUGCUCUCCACCGUGUUCCCGAACUCGUUGUCCGUUCACAUGAGAGACAUUGAGAGCUCACAGACGCUUUAAAAAGCUCCGCAGACACACAGACUGGUGCUAAAUGGCUAACAACACCAUGUGACUUACAUAUAUGUUAUAUAAAUAAUAUUAAAGUAAUAUCAUAUAGUCAUAUAUCAAUGAUAAUUAUAUUAGUAUCCAGCUGAAGCUAUGUGAAAGGCUGCUGCUUGUUAUUAUGGUCACUUAAUAGGGACCUUCAUGCACUUUUGAUCCUAAGUUGGUUUUAAAUGUGAUUUUUCAUAAUGAGUAUAUGAUCUAGAUAGUGCACGUGUUAAUCAGAUUGUGUUUGGAUCUACAGGUAGUUUGAGAGUUUUUUAAACUGACUAAGUAUUCAGACUGAUUUAGGAACUUGUUAAGCUUGAUGACAAGCUUUAUAUUACAUGCAUUGUUGACUAAAGCUCAGUCUGAGCUUGCAUUUCACUACACCAGAGGUUAAAGGUCUCAUCAGGCUUUUUAAAUUGAGCAUGGCUCCCAAAAAGAGACCAGAGCCGAUAGUCAUAACUGGAGCCGGAGAAGCACAGACAACCUCCACGUCCAUAGAUGCUGCAUCAGUAGCAAAUCUCGAGGCGCUUCAGAAGAAGUUGGAGGAGCUGGAUUUGGAUGAGCAACAGAAGAAGCGUCUGGAGGCUUUCCUCACACGGAAAGCCAAUCUGGGUGAACUGAAGGACGAUGACUUCCAACAUAUCUGUGAACUGGGCGCAGGAAAUGGAGGUGUGGUUCAUAAAGUGUCCCACAAACCUUCUGGACUCAUAAUGGCCCGGAAGUUAAUUCAUCUGGAGAUCAAGCCAGCGAUCAGACAUCAGAUCAUCCGAGAGCUGCAGGUUCUGCAUGAGUGUAACUCUCCGUAUAUCGUGGGUUUCUACGGGGCGUUUUACAGUGACGGGGAGAUCAGCAUCUGUAUGGAGCACAUGGACAGAGGUUCUUUGGAUCAGGUCUUGAAAGAGGCAUGCAGAAUUCCUGAGGAGAUCUUGGGGAAAGUCAGCAUAGCUGUAUUAAGGGGUCUCGCUUACCUUCGAGAAAAGCACCAAAUUAUUCACAGAGAUGUGAAACCCUCAAAUAUUCUGGUGAAUUCUCGUGGGGAGAUCAAACUGUGUGACUUUGGAGUGAGCGGCCAGCUCAUCGACUCCAUGGCCAACUCUUUUGUGGGCACACGGUCGUACAUGUCGCCGGAGAGAUUGCAGGGCACUCAUUACUCCGUACAGUCUGAUGUGUGGAGUAUGGGUCUGUCUCUGGUGGAGUUAGCCAUCGGCCGGUACCCCAUCCCACCACCUGAUGCUAAAGAGCUGGAGGGGAUCUUCGGCAGAGCUAUGAUUGAUAUCAGCGAGUCAGAGACGUACAGCACCUCUCCACGACCCAGACCCCCGGGCCGUCCCGUCAGCGUGCUAAAAGUUCCCGAAGUUGAAGAAACAUCCAUGUACGGACACAGUAUGAUUUACAGAGGUUCUCGUUCUCAUACAGGUCACGGUCCAGUAAUGGCCAUAUUUGAGCUGCUGGAUUAUAUAGUCAAUGAGCCGCCCCCUAAACUCCCUCAUGGCGUCUUCACUGCAGAUUUCCACGACUUUGUGACCAAAUGUCUCAUUAAGAACCCUGCAGACAGAGCGGACCUCAAGAUGCUCAUGAAUCACACGUUUAUAAAGCGCUCAGAAGUGGAGGAAGUGGACUUCGCUGGAUGGUUGUGUAAAACUCUGGGACUCAGUCAACCCAGCACACCCACACGAACAGCUGAAUGACACACACACCAGAAACCUGACAUGCUUCCCAGUACAUAAUAUAAACAUUUGCAACCAUAUGUGAUCAAAUUGUGUUAUGAAGGCAUAUGCGCAGUCUAAUGUGAACACGAGCGUGCAACAUUACAGAAUGUGCUCAAGGAACACAUGCACAGCUGAUUAUUUAACACUUCUUCUUUCACAUAACAUGAGUGAAUCUCACAAAACCUGUCUAGAACAUCUGAUAUUUCACUCCAAAAUCAAAUGAUAUUUUUCAAGAAGUAAAUGACAAAUGAUAAGAAAAUAAAGCCGAUUUUAGCACCA